AGUUCCCCCUCCCUUCCCGUGGAGCUUUGCGCUCUGCUCGCAGCGAGGCUGGGCCAGUUGGAGCCAAGAUGGCUGACUACGAGGAUCGGGUGUCUGAUGAGGAGAAGGUGCGCAUUGCUGCAAAGUUCAUCACCCAUGCACCCCCAGGAGAAUUCAAUGAAGUUUUUAACGAUGUCCGACUACUACUCAACAAUGACAAUCUGCUCAGAGAGGGUGCAGCACAUGCGUUUGCCCAGUACAACAUGGACCAGUUCACUCCUGCAAAGAUCGAUGGAUAUGAUGAACCAAUCCUAAUCACAGAGCAUGGAGACAUUGGAAACGGAAGGUUCCUGGACCCCAGAAAUAGGAUUUCAUUUAAGUUUGAUCACUUAAGAAAAGAAGCAAGUGACCCUCACCCUGAUGAUGGUGAUGCAAGCAUAAAGACCUGGAGAGAUGCCUGCGACACAGCAUUGAGGGCCUAUGUGAAAGAUCAUUAUCCAAACGGCGUUUGUACUGUCUACGGAAAGACAAUAGAUGGACAGCAGACCGUAAUAGCAUGCAUUGAAAGCCACCAAUUUCAACCCAAGAACUUUUGGAAUGGACGUUGGAGGUCUGAAUGGAAGUUCACGGUUUCACAAUCCUCUGCCCAGUUGGUAGGAGUGCUUAAGAUUCAGGUUCAUUACUAUGAAGAUGGCAAUGUUCAACUUGUCAGCCACAAAGAUGUGCAGGAAUCCAUAACAAUUGCUGGUGAAGCCCAAACUGCCAAGGAAUUUGUAAGAAUCAUAGAGCAGGCAGAAAAUGAAUACCAGACUGCCAUAAGUGAAAACUAUCAGACUAUGUCAGACACCACGUUCAAAGCCUUACGCCGGCAGCUGCCAGUAACUCGCACCAAGAUUGACUGGAACAAAAUUCUCAGUUACAAGAUUGGCAAAGAGAUGCAGAAUGCUUGAGAAUGUUUAUAGAGCUUAAGCAAUGUUUAGUGUGCAAAGCAAAGUUGGAACUGUCUGAUCCUACACCUAUGCUGUGUAACCCCUUCCGUGCCAGAGUAGCCAGCAGCAAUUUUUUUUGUUGACCUUCUCCAGCACAAAUGGGUUUCAAAGGAAACAUAAAAAUAGGGAUUUAUAAAAUGUGAUAUUUUGCUAGGGCCUACAAAGUUAUUGUAUUUUCUAACCAACAAGCAAUGCAGUGAAACGGUUUUGUUUUUAUAUUCACCUUCGCGGAACUUGUAAAUGUUAUCACUGCAGUUGUUUGUUUCAGUAUGUACAAAUAAAGCAGGGGAAAGUCAAUUCUCGCAGUUAGAAAACUUACCAGCUUUGGGCAAUCUUUCAUCCUCUUGUUACAAGCAGCUGUUUUGAAGGAACUAGUAUGUCCCACCAUACUUUCUCUUUAAAUGUUACCAUUGAUGUCUGGGGUAUCCUCAUUCAAUUCUUACUGUACCGAGUAUUUUUACUAUUUCUUUGCCAUUUGUCUCAUCCAUCAGGUUGUAGAAAGCCAUCUGUGAUCAAGUCUUUGUUCUGCUUUUUAUAUCAUUGAAUAGCAUCAACAUCUACCCCUCCAACCAGUCACCUCCUCUUUUACUUGCUCGAGUUUUACACAUGGUUACGGUAUGCAAAAUAUUUAAGUUGCAUGCGAAAGUUGUGGUCCAAAAAGAACUUGGUGGCAAAGAAAAUAAAGUAGUAAAUUGCACAGCAUUUUAAAUGUCUGUGAGUUACUAAAUCUACAAUUCAUGUGCUACCAUGUUGGGUACUCUGUGUAUGUCCAAAUGAGCUCGAGGGCUGAAUUAAAGUAAAUAUACAUAUAUUUGGUGGGGUUGUUGCUCUCAUGACCAUCUGUUAACAUUUUUCACGUACAGGACUUAUUUUUCCUUAUUUUUGUCUUUGUUUGAGACUGAUUUGUAGAAAAUGCAUGCUCAAGCGACAUUUAAAAAGUUAACCCCACUCGUGAUAAACUAUUAAAGGAAUCUACAUGGAGUUGUAAGAGAAUUGGUUUCUGUAAGUAGUUUGAAAGUGGUGUUUAUUGUGCUUAUCAUGAUAGCUAUAACAUCAUAUACAAAUGUCAGCAUUCCUACGCACCUAAAGUUUAAUGGGUUAAUUUCCCACACAAAAAAGCAAUUAUUUUUUUUGGUAUAUGGUUCAGUUGCAAUCAGAUGAGUCACUUUCACAUGGAAAAAGCAGCCUGCAUUUUGUCAAAUGUAAAGUAAAAUCUUGUUUCCAUAUUGUAAGAUAUUAAUAUUUUUUUUGUAACGGGCAUCAUUGUUCUUAAGAAUCAUUUCAUUAUCUUUCUUUUCUUGUGCUCAAACUAGUGUGAAGGCUACAGAGAGAAAAGCUUGGAAACCAAUAUGAAAAAUGCAAAUGUCUUCAUUGUAUAGCGCUUUAAAGGAUGUGGCACAUUGCCUUUGUACCACAAUUAUAUGAACAUUGGAAUAAAAAAAACGUAUAAACCCUAAAUAAAGAUUUGCUCCAAAGGGGAAA